CGCUGUGUUGGACCAGUAUCUUCCUUUUGCACUGCGUCAGCGUCUAAUAUUUGUUCGGGAGGGAUUGGGAUUAUCAUUAUUUGCUCUUGUACCACUCAAGAGACCUCGGAGUGAAGUUCGAAGGAGUGACGACUGUGCUCUUUGGUACAACUUGUCGGCGUCGAAAUCCUAAUGAAGAAGAGUUUGAUGCCGCCGGUUCACCACCACUUAAGAAGUCGUCUGUCGCGGUCGCGAGAGGCAGUGCUGAGGAGAGUAAUACUGGAAGUAGAAGAGACGAAGCUCAUCCUCUCGAUAGACAACAGUUCGUUCCCUUCUAACUUUGACGAGCAUUCUUCGGGAGUACUAUCUAAAUCACUACCUGAAGAUUCCCCCGGUUUUCAAACAGAGCAGAUAGAAGCACGGAAGAACGGAAUUUCUGUCGUGCGAUGCUGCCAGGACGAGCCCGAGACGUAUCGUCUCUACACUAAAUGUAGCGUAGCAGCUGCUAAUUGUAUUUGUGAUUGUAUCGGACGAAUGCAUCGAAACGAAUUCGAAAAUAAUGUACUACCUGCGAGCCGUACUCGGAUUCGCAGUUCGCAGAAGCUUACUGCUGCUGCUUCCCCUGUUAUCAGUAUCCGCAGCGUAUGUCGCAGAUGAGAAAAAACCACACGUCGAGAAGUCUCCUCCCCUGGACGCCAACAUACCACCCUCCGGGAGGACAGAAGAAGAUCCCAACGUAGCAGCUGCCUCCAGUCUGCAGCGCUCAAAGAAGUUGCGAAGAGCAAAAAUCGCGGAGAAAAGCGAAAAGAAUGAUACGAUACGACGAGCGCCGUCGCUUGCUUCAAACAAGCGUGACGAAAUUAGUACGGAGGUGGACGUUUCAGAGAAGGCCGAUUUAUUCCUCGAACAGCAUGAGAAACUUCUACAGAAAAAUUUGCCGUUGAAACAAACUUCUCCAACCAAACUUGCUGAAGUUGUUUCAUCCGCAUCUUCUGCGGGUGAGGCUUCUAGAACCGCGUCUACUACUUCAAAUUCUCCUUCCGUCUCGUCUGCAGCACUUCAAAAAGCCGCCAGAGAAGUUGUAAUGGCUGCCGGCGCACCUCCGAAGCAGGUCUCCGAAACGGACUCCCAGCCCGCUGCGGCACAGCACGGCGGCAGCGCUGGUACGGCUGGCGUUUCCAUUUCCUUCGUCAUCCUGUGCGUGACCAUGGUGUGUUGUGUCUGCGGUUGCAUCGGCGCGUUUAUCUACCAGGAACACAGCGCUAUGAUGGCGGAGCAACGGGAGAGAGAGGAGGCAGCGGAAUUGAUAUCCGAAAAAGUGUUUCACUGUCUGUUCAAACUUGUGAUGCAAAGAACUACGCAAGAACUCAGUUCCAGUUGUCUGUCGUGUUGGAAAUGCAAUGCAUGAGAUUCUUUUUGGCCAUAUUCUGACUUUUCUCGUGCCGAAUUUGAUGGCACACGACAUCACCGACUUUGCUUUCUUUUUUCUGUGGGACGAAGGUGUUAUGCAGAUUGUCCGGAAUCAUCGGAUCGCAAGGCAGAACUAUGUGAAGCAUCUUUUUGGUCGUGCGAUAAUGGGAGAGGGAGUUACAAUUCUCGGGGGUUGCGAGCAACCCAUUCCACAACGCGGUCCAAGGAAAAAUGAGCAUUUUUAGUGGCGUAUCGACUGCAAAUAUCGAUAUCUGGGUCUGGAAGUAGCAUAUGUGAUGCGGAAUGGUGAAUGACUGGGCGACGUCCACGUGGGCGAAGUGCUGCUUUGCAUGACAAGAGAAGCUGCGCUGUAGUUGUCUGUCAUGCAAUACAGGUUUUCCAAUUCCAGGAGGAUUGCCAGACGAGCAGAAAAAGUUGAACUUUCAUUUCCAGGCCCAGACACAGUAUUUACACUUGAUACGACGUCGGAGGAGGCACCACGGCAGCUCCAUUUGCGAAGAAAAGUUUCGGGGCAAAGCCCUCAACAGGGUCUGGCGCAGCAAAUUUGAAAUUAGAUAUGGCGAGUUUUAGAGGGUGAUGAUGAUGAAUGUAUUUCGUUUCUAAUGACUCGAGCAAUCACAGAAAAGCCUGUUGCUAUACACAAGAAAGUAAUUUUCCUUGCAGCUGUUUCUGGCAUGCUGAUCAUCUGCUUCGGCUUGCUAGAAAGCAUCGAUCUAGUUUCUGUUUCUUGCCCUGGAUCAAGAUCCUCUUCCUCUACUAGAGGUCUAGGUGUAAGUAGUUUUGCCUGCUCGAGGGAACAAGUAGUCCAGACGCAUUACGCAAGAACAGAACUACAUUAUCCAUGAAGGAUCAAGAUCGUGACAUCACCUGAUCCGGCAGAGGUGGAUCGCUUCCCAUCACUGGUGAGCUGGGCUCCCACAAGUGGGAUAUUAUCUCGUAGUUGAAUAACUACAGAGAACGACCUGCGAGAGAAGAUCAAAACUCGUGUGCUGGAUCAUGGACUUCUGUACCUGCAGAUUUGCGGUAGGCUGAAGGGCCUCUACAUGUUAGUUGAAGAAUCCGAUCCAAGAAGAACCCGAGAUUUUUCUGCAACACUAGCCUACGGUCGCGGCAAAGUCCUGUAAUUGUGCCUGUUUCGUCAGUCAGUGUCAAAAAAGUCGAAGGGCUCGGCUCUCUCAAGUGGUAGUACUUAUCGAGAACUACUUACUGUGUUGAAGCGCACAAAUACUCGAAAGAAACUGUGUCAAGAAAUAAAGUCACAAUAAACAAGUAAGUGAAAAAUAGCCUGAUGGAUU